GCAGACUGCUUCUACACACACAUUUGUGAAAGACUGUGCAAUAAGUCCAUCCAUGAAAUUUCCUUGUUACUAAAUAUCCCACGGUCAACUGUUAGUGGCGUUAUAACAAAGUGGAAGCAACUGGGAACAACAGCAACUCAGCCACGAAGUGGUAGGUCACAUAAAAUGACAGAGCGGGGUCAACGCAUGCUGAAGCGCACAGUGUGCAGAAGUCGCCAACUGUCUGCAGAGUCAAUAGCUAAAGACCUCCAAACUUUGUGUGGCCUUCAGAUUAGCACAACAGUGCAUAGAGAGCUUUAUGGAAUGGGUUUCCAUGGCUGAGCAGCUGCACCUUAUAUCACCAUGUGAAAUGCAAAGCGUUGGAUGCAGAGGUGUAAAGCAUGCGGCCACUGAACUCUAG